GGGUUCUUCGGCCGCGUGUACAAAGCGAAGCAUCGCCGCACCGGCCAGGAUGUCGUAGUCAAGGAGCUCAAGGAAAGUGACCCAUCGGCGCGCGCUGCCUUUGUGGCAGAAAUUUCGCUCCUCAAGGUCUUGCGCCAUCCCAACGUGCUGCGCUUUGUUGGCAUUUUCUGCAAAGAGGAUAAGCUGCACCUCAUCACCGAAUUUAUCAGCGGUGGCUCCCUGGAUAACGUCAUCAUGGGCAAAGAGCUGCCGUGGGCCCUACGCAUCAAAUGGGCGCUUGACGUGGCAUGCGGGAUGGAGUAUCUGCACGAUCGUCGGGUCAUCCACCGUGACCUCAAGUCUGAAAACUGUGCGUUUGCGUGUCUUGUACGCAAGAAUGGCCAAGCCGUCGUGGCCGACUUUGGCUUGGCUCGCGUUUUAGAAGGCGAAAUUCUGACUCGCGCAGCCGUCGAAGACGAAAAGACCACAAUCAGACCGCGCACCAUGACCAUUGUUGGCACACCUUAUUUCAUGGCCCCUGAGCUGAUUAUGGGCAUGGAGUACAAUUUGCUAGCAGACGUCUUCAGCUUUGGUGUUUUGCUUUGCGAGCUGAUUGGCCGAAUUCAAGCCGACCCAGACAUCAUGCCACGUUUGAACAAUUUUGGCAUUGAUCAAGACACAUUC